GUUUUCUGUGAGGAUUCGCCCACAGAGGACGUGGCUCUUCUGCUCCUCGGCUGCCUGUUGACGUGUGCGGCGGGGAAGAGGCUCAAGGCAGUCGCUGUGGCACUCGGGACGCUCGCUCAGGCACUCGGGGCAGGCAAGAUGAUGUUGAAGGCUGUUAUACUCAUUGCUGGGCCUCAGAAAGGCACACGCUUUCGACCCUUGUCCCUGGAUGUCCCAAAGCCGCUGUUCCCAGUGGCUGGCCUCCCGAUGGUUCAGCAUCACAUAGAGGCACUUGCAUCUUUACCAGAUCUGAGGGAAAUUCUACUCCUUGGAUACUUCCCUGCCCAACAACUACAACAGUUUGUAGCUGACAUGAUGGCUACUUACAAGAUAAGAAUAAGAUAUCUCCAGGAAUAUCAAGCUUUAGGAACGGCAGGAGGAAUCUAUCAUUUCCGUGAUCAGAUAAGCUCAGGGAAUCCUGAUGCUUUCUUUGUGCUAAAUGGGGAUGUAUGUGGAGACUUUCCCCUGCAGGAAAUGCUUGACUUCCACACCAAUCUUACCACACCUUCCCUCAUUACUAUUAUGGGUACUGAAGCCACAAGACAACAGUCUACUAUGUAUGGUUGCAUUGUUGAAGCAAAAGACACACACCAGGUCCUCCAUUAUGUUGAGAAGCCAUCCACUUUUGUAUCAAACCUGAUUAACUGUGGUGUAUACAUCUGCUCCCCUGAUAUAUUUAAAAGAGUGGGUGAAAUUUUUAACUCAAGACAAGAUUUUUACAGUGAUGACAGUGAGGGCAAUGAAUCUAUUCAGCUGGAACAAGACAUUCUGAUGCCCAUUGCAGGCACUGGUCAAGCCUAUGUUUACACUACAGACAGGUGGUGGUCUCAAAUCAAGACUGCAGGCUCUGCCAUUUAUGCCAAUCGCCAUUACCUUCAACUCUACCACAAGCAGAAGGAAGAUCGCUUAGCCACAAAUGGGCCGGAUAAGCCAACAAUCAUUGGUGAUGUUUACAUUCAUCCAACAGCAAGUGUUGAUCCAUCUGCAGUGUUGGGUCCAAACGUGAGUGUAGGAAAGAAUGCAGUAAUUGGUGCAGGUGUCCGUAUCCGAGAAUCUAUUAUUCUUGGCAACACAACAAUACAAGAACAUAGCUGUGUGCUUUAUACGGUGGUUGGAUGGAAUUCGACAGUUGGAGCUUGGUCACGCCUAGAAGGAACACCUUGUGACCCAAAUCCAAAUAAACCCUUUGCCAAAAUGGAUAAUGUACCUCUUUUUAAUAAUGAGGGCAAAUUAAAUCCUUCAAUAACAAUCCUUGGUACUGAUGUGAGAGUCUCAUCAGAAGUGGUGGUAUUAAACUCCAUUGUGCUUCCAAAUAAAGAACUCUCUACUAGCAUCCUCAAUCAGAUUAUUCUUUGAGUUGCAUCUUUCUUUGACUGGACACAAGGCAAUUUUAGGGUGUAAUGUGUCAUUUCCCAAAUCUAGGU